UCCUCCAUGGGGGCCGGGGCGGGGGGCUGCGGGAAGGCGCCCGGACCCUGAGCGGCCACGGCCCCGGGCCCGCCGCCACCGCCGCCACCAUGCUCAUCAAGGAGUACCACGUCCUCCUGCCCAUGAGCCUCGAGGAGUACCAGGUGGCGCAGCUUUAUAUGAUCCAGAAGAAGAGCCGGGAGGAGUCGAGCGGCGAGGGCAGCGGCGUGGAGAUCCUGGCCAACCGACCCUACGCCGACGGGCCCGGGGGCAGCGGCCAGUACACGCACAAGGUCUAUCACGUGGGGUCCCACAUCCCCGGCUGGUUCCGGGCCCUCCUGCCCAAGGCCGCCCUGCAGGUGGAAGAGGAGUCCUGGAACGCCUAUCCGUACACCCGGACCCGGUACACCUGUCCCUUCGUGGAGAAAUUCUCCAUUGAGAUUGAGACCUACUACCGGCCCGACGGGGGCGGCCAGCCCAACGUCUUCAACCUGACCGGGGCCGAGCGGCGCCAGAGAAUCGUGGACACCAUCGACAUCGUGCGGGACGCGGCGGCCCCGGGCGAGUACAAGCCCGAGGAGGACCCGCGUCUCUACCACUCGGCCAAAACGGGGCGGGGGCCGCUGUCGGACGACUGGGCUCAGGCGGCCGCCCGGACCGGACCCCUGAUGUGCGCCUACAAGCUCUGCAAGGUGGAGUUCCGCUACUGGGGCAUGCAGGCCAAGAUCGAGCAGUUCAUCCACGACGUGGGGCUGCGCAGGGUGAUGCUGCGAGCGCACCGCCAGGCCUGGUGCUGGCAGGACGAGUGGACGGACCUCAGCAUGGCGGACAUCCGGGCGCUGGAGGAGGAGACGGCUCGAAUGCUGGCGCAGCGCAUGGCCAAGGGCGGAGGCGGCUGCGGGGCCGGCGCGGCCGGCGGGGGUGGCGGGGACGGCGGCGGGGCCGAGCCCGCGGGGGAGCCCGGAGCCCAGGGCCCGGCCAGGCCGGGCCAGGCCGGUGGCCCCGACGGGGCCGAGGGGCCGGGGGCGCCGGACACGUCCCCCGACGACAGUUUCGCCAAGCAGUGGUCUUCUUCGUCCCGCUCAUCCUACUCCUCCCAGCACGGCGGGGGCGUGUCUCCCCAGAGUCUGUCAGAGUGGCGAAUGCAGCACAUCGCCCGCGACUCGGAGAACAGCGACGAUGGCGAUGAGUUCUUCGACGCCCACGAAGGCUUCUCGGACAGCGACGAGGUUUUCUCCAAAGAAAUGACCAAGUGGAAUUCCAACGACUUCAUCGACGCCUUCGCUUCUCCCGAGGCCGAGGGUCCCCCGGAUCUGGGCGCAGCGGCUAUCAAAGCAGAAGGAGACGGAGAAGGAGCCGGAACUGCCGGGGACCCCGAGGCGGUGGGGCCCGGGGCCCGGACGAGCUGCGCCGUCCACGCGCUGUUCCUGAUCCUGCACAGCGGGAACAUCCUGGACGCGGGGCCGGGAGACCUGGGUUCCAAGCGCGCGGACGUGCAGACGCUGGCCGCCGCCUUCGACGCCGUCACCCGCCUGCACUUCCCCGAGGCCCUGGGCCACGUGGCGCUGCGCCUCGUGCCCUGCCCGCCCGUCUGCGCCGCCGCCUACGCCCUCGUCUCAGACCUGAGCCCCUACAGCCACGACGGCGACGGUCUGUCCCGCUCCCAGGACCACAUCCCGCUGGCCGCCCUGCCCUUGCUGGCCACCUCGUCCACCCGCUACCAGGGCUCCGUGGCGACCGUCAUCGCUCGGACCAACCAGGCUCACGCGGCCUUCGUGCACUCGCCCGAGGGGGCCGGCUUCUGCGGGCAGGUGGUGCUCAUCGGAGACGGCGUCGGAGGGAUUCUGGGAUUUGACGCGCUGUGCCACAGUGCCAGCGCGGGGAGCCCGAGUAGCAGCCGGCGGGGCAGCGUGAACACGGAGCUGUUGUCCCCGGAGUCCGGAACCGGGCGCGACCCGUUGAUGGACGGGCCGGAGGGGCCCGGCGGGGCCAGCCCGGACCCGGGGGCCCCGUCCGCCCAGCGCCCCCCCGGCGACGGAGCCGCCCCGGAGCCGGGGUCCCCCCCGGCGCCGCGACAGGGAGUCCCGGGCAGCCUGCAGGCGGGGGCGCUCGGGGCCGACUCGGAGCCCCGCCGAGGCAGCACGGCCUCCUGCCCGCCCCCGGAGGUGCCCGACGGCCCCACCCGCCUGGACUUCAAGGUUUCGGGCUUCUUCCUGUUCGGUUCGCCCCUCGGCCUGGUGCUCGCGCUGCGCAAGACCGUGAUGCCGGCCCUGGAGGUGGCCCAGAUGCGCCCGGCCUGCGAACAGAUUUACAACCUGUUCCACGCGGCGGACCCCUGCGCCUCCCGGCUGGAGCCCCUGCUGGCCCCCCAGUUCCAGGCCAUCGCCCCGCUGGCCGUGCCGCGCUACCAAAAGUUCCCGCUGGGCGACGGCACCUCCCCGCUGCUGGCGGAUGCCCUGCAGACCCAUUCGGGUCUCUUCCUGGAGGAGAUGGACUCGCUGGUGCCGUCCACGCCGACCUCGGCCGGCGGGGGCUUCUGGCGGGGCGGCGACCUCGGCCCCGAGCCCCCGGCCCCGACGGGAAACCCCGGCACCGCCGGCGAAGUGGUCAAGAUCCUGGAGCGCUGGUGGGGAACUAAGAGAAUCGACUACUCGCUCUACUGCCCCGAGGCCCUGACCGCCUUCCCCACCGUGUCGCUGCCGCACCUGUUCCACGCCAGUUACUGGGAGUCCGCCGACGUGGUGGCCUUCAUCCUCAGACAGGUCAUCGAGAAGGAGCGGCCUCAGCUGACGGAAGCCGAGGAGCCGUCGGUCUACAGCCCGGCCUUCCCCCGGGAGAAGUGGCAGCGCAAGAGGACCCAGGUCAAGAUCCGGAACGUGACCUCCAAUCACCGGGCCAGCGACGUCAUCGUCUGCGAGGGGCGCGCCCAGGUGCUCAGCGGGCGCUUCAUGUACGGCCCCCUGGACGUGGUGACCCUCACCGGAGAGAAGGUGGACGUCUACGUCAUGACCCAGCCGCUGUCCGGCAAGUGGAUCCACUUCGGCACCGAGGUCACCAGCGGCUCCGGCCGCCUCUCCUUCCCGGUGCCCCCGGAGCGGGCCCUGGGCAUCGGCGUCUACCCGGUCCGCAUGGUGGUCAGGGGAGACCACACCCACGCCGAGUGCUGCCUGACGGUGGUGGCCCGGGGCACGGAGGCCGUGGUGUUCAGCAUAGACGGCUCCUUCACCGCCAGCGUGUCCAUCAUGGGCAGCGAUCCCAAGGUGCGGGCCGGCGCUGUCGACGUGGUCAGACACUGGCAGGACUCGGGGUACCUGAUCGUCUACGUGACGGGGCGGCCCGACAUGCAGAAGCACCGGGUGGUGGCCUGGCUGUCCCAGCACAACUUCCCGCAUGGCGUCGUCUCCUUCUGCGACGGCCUGACCCACGACCCUCUGCGCCAGAAGGCCGUCUUCCUGCAGGGCCUGGUGCAGGAGGCGGAGCUGAGCAUCGUGGCGGGCUACGGGUCCCCCAAGGACGUGGCCGUGUACGGAGCCGUGGGCCUCCCGCCCUCGCAGACCUUCAUCGUGGGCCGUGCCGUGCGGAAGCUGCAGGCCCAGUGCCAGUUCCUGUCGGAAGGCUACGUGGCCCACCUGGCCCAGCUGGAGACGGGCGGCCGCGUCCACGCCCCGCCGCGGCCGGGGCUGGUCAAGGGCGGCCUGGGGGGGCCGGCCCCCGGAGACUUUCUGCGCAAACAGAGUCAGCUGCUGCGGGCCCGGGGGCCCAGCCAGGCCGAGCGCGAGGGGCCCGGGACCCCCCCGACCGCCCUGGCCCGCGCUAAAGCCCGCAGCGUCAGCCUCAAGCUGGACAGCGAGGAGUGAGCCGGGGUGCGGGACUUAUUGCCACGACAGGUCGCCUCUUCCCUCCCCGUGCACCUUGUAAUCGUUUCCCUCUCCUUGCCCCUCCCUGUGUGACUGUCCCUUGACCGUUUGGGGGGUGGGGUGGGGAGGGACCCCAUGUUGCGGGGGGAGGGGGGAAGCUGGCGCUUUUGCACCUUGUGAAGCCGUGAAAAUAAACUUCCCGCCACCUGUGCCC